UUUAUGUGACUUGAUGUUGUUACAAAGAACUGUAAAAUACUUUUGUGACUUAAAUUGAUUCUGGUUUUCAGAUGCCAGGCGGUGGUGUAACCGUGAAAGACGUCAACCAGCAGGAGUUUGUCCGCGCGCUGGCAGCCUUCCUUAAGAAGUCGGGGAAGCUGAAGGUGCCAGACUGGGUUGACAUCGUUAAGCUAGCCAAGCAUAAAGAGCUGGCUCCCUGUGAUGAGAACUGGUUCUACGUCAGAGCUGCCUCCACAGUGCGUCACCUGUACCUGCGUGGAGGUGUUGGUGUAGGCUCUAUGACCAAGAUCUAUGGCGGGCGUAAGAGGAAUGGUGUGUGCCCCUCUCACUUCAGUGUGGGCUCCAAAAACGUUGCCCGUAAAGUGCUCCAGGCCCUCGAGGGACUCAAGAUGGUGGAGAAAGACCCCAAUGGUGGGCGUAGACUGACCCCUCAGGGCACCAGAGACCUGGACAGAAUCGCUGGGCAGGUUGCCGCUGCAAGCAAGAAAUCUUGAAGUGUAAAAUAAACUUUUGUGAGAAACCAA